AUGCUAAAACACCACACUUUGGACGGAUUGAAGGGAGCCACUUUGCGUGUGCUGGUGCCAUCAAUUGAGCCACCAUAUGUAAACUAUGCGAAUUUUUCGGAUGAAGCUGUAGAAGAGCGCGGAUACAGUCCUGGGGUUGUUAUGGAAUUACUUAAGGAUAUUGCACGUACUCUUGAUCUAAAGUACGAGGUUGGCAUCUUCAAAUGCGGAAUACAAUGCUUUCCGCCUAUUUUGCUCAUGAAGAACAAACUUGAUCCUGGGGUUGUUAUGGAAUUACUUAAGGAUAUUGCACGUACUCUCGAUCUGAAGUACGAGGUCUUCUGCUCUUUGAUCAAAUCGAAUGGAAAAUUUGAGGAAACGGAUAUAAUUGGUGGAGCGGCCAUCAUGGGAUACGAUCGUAGUCUCAUAUCAGACCUGACCUAUCCUUUCGAAACUAUUCACACUGGAGUACUGGCGGUUGCUCGUACGCAUCAUAAGAGUGAAGCAAUGCUCAUUGUAACUGAACCUUUUCAAUGGCAAGUAAGCGUCUUCUACCACUUUACCUUCUUCUCAAUCCCUUCUUAUAUUUUUAAAGUAAUAGCCGUGUUUUCAGGAAUUCCCGAGCGACCCCGAUCUUGGAGCGUACGAAUAUUAAUUAGCCUCUGGUGGCUCGCAAGCAUUACACUUAUGGCUACUUUCACUGGAAGUCUUGUUGCCUUAUUUGCUGUUGAGAGGGAAGAACUUCCAUUUACUAGUAAGUCUGAUAAUGUUCUCGGAAGAGUUACACACAAUGCACAAUACAUAUUAAGCCAAGAACAUUUAACGAGAAAUAAAAAUCUGUAA